AUGUUGAAGCUCACUGCUACCGCUGCGGCUGUCGUCGGCCUCGUCCUCGCUGCGCCGGCCCCGACGCCCGGCCCGCCGCCGCGCGCCACGUCCAACGAAGCGAUGUACGCCGACUUCAAGCCGUACUCGACGCCCCUCGUCGUGCCCGACGUGCUCGACAUGCGCAAGGGCGGGUCGCUUGACAUGCAGAUCUCCGAAACGACGCACACGUGGCAGGCUGGCGUGCCGGCAUCGGCCGCAUACGGUUACGGCAAGGUCGGUGGCAACAUCACGACGCCGGGCCCGACGAUCCUCGUCAAGCGCAAUGUGCCGAUCGAAGUCACGUGGCACAACGGUCUCGGCAUGUCGACGCACCUGCUCGCCAAGUACAUUGACAGCAACCUCCUCCACUCCGAGUCGGCGUGCUUCCCCAACUGCGGUAUUCCGGUCUCGACGCACAUCCACGGCCUCGAAACGCCGCCCAGUACGACGAACCAAACGUACACGUCGAAGUACAACAACUCGCAGUCGAGCUCGACCAAGAUGUACCACGACCACGCGAUCGGUCUUUCGCGCCUCAAUAUGUGGGCGGGUCUCACCGGCAUGUACAUCAUCCGCGACGACGACGUCGAGAAGAAGUUUGGCUUUGACAAGAUCGUCGUCGACAUCCCGCUCAUGAUCUCGGACCGUCUCUUCGAUCCCGCCGGGAAGCUCAUGUACACGAGCGUCGUGACGUGCCCCGUUGAAGGCUCGGUGUGGAUGCCCGAGUCGUUUGGCGCUGUCAACACGGUCAACGGCGUCGUGCAGCCGUACCUCGAGGUGCCUGCGCAGCAAGUCCGCUUCCGCCUCGUGAACCUCGCCAACUCGCGCAACUACAACUUCACGCUCCCGUUCGCGUCCAAGUGCACGCAGAUCGCAACAGAUACCGGCUACGUCCAGGAGACCAAGCCGAUCGCGGUCGAUGGGUUCAAGCUCUUCUCGCUCGAGCGUAUCGAGAUGGUGUGCGACUUCUCCGGUGUCGCCGUCGGCACGACGUUUGACGUUGAAGACAUUGACUCGGACUGCGACUCGUCGUACGACUACGACCCGAAGAUCAUGCAGAUCCGUGUGACGGCGCCGACGAAAGACGCGGUCGCGGUUCCGAUCCCGACGCACCUCAACAAGUACAAGGACCUCCAGGAGCUCUACAAGUCGACGAACGGCAAGCUCCGCACGAUCACGCUCGGCGAGAUGGAGUCGAUGGAGCAGUGCCCGACGCAGCUCAUGAUCACGCAGUACCAGCAGGUCGCCAACGUCUCGAUGGUCCACAACAAGCUCUUCUGCACGCGCGGCAAGGUCGAAAAGUGGCAGUUCAAGAACCCGACCGACGACGUGCACCCGUUCCAUUGGCAUCUCGUCAACGCGCAGUGCGGGCCGGACGACGACCACAUUGACAAGAACGGUCUCAAGGACGUCGUGGUUAUCCCGAACGCCGACCUCUCGGACCAGCUCGCGAUCACCCAAGUGUGCUACGUCGCGUGCACGCCGGAUGAGUUUUUGAAGGAAGGCAGCACGCGCGCGCCGACGGACUUUGGCUUUGACACCAAGGAGCCGUACCUCGCGCAUUGCCACAUCAUGGAGCACGAAGACAACAGCAUGAUGGCGUGGUUCCAGCUCACGGACGUCGACGACGACCACGCGAUCGACGACGGCAAGGUCGCGGGCGAGCCCGAAAUCACGUCCAUGGUCAUCGGUACCGCGAUUGGCAUGAGUAUCCUCGGUGGUAUGGCGACGACCUUGUCCGUCCUCGUCCUCUCUAUCCCGCGCCUGAAUUUCCUCGCCGGGGACAAGGCGCUCGCGAUGACGUUCGCGCUCUCGGCCGGUGUCAUGCUCUUCAUCGCACUCGUCGAUCUCUUCCUCGAGUCGAUCGAAAAGUUCAAGUCGGAGUUUGCCGUUGGCGGCGACGUCGAUCUCGAAGCGAUCGAGCACGGUCUCGCGCCGCCGGGUGCCGUCGCGCCGAUCUGCGACAAGACGUGUGCCGGCCAGGCGUGGCUCGCGACGGUCGGCUGCUUCUACGGCGGUGUCCUCGUCAUCGUCCUCGUCGAGUACCUCGUGCACAAGGUGUUUGACUACCAUACGAAGGACCUCGGCGGCGCCGGCCCCGAGUCGCGCAACGUCUUGGAGGAAGAUGCGCAGACGCCGAUUGACGCCGACUUCCAGAAGCACGGCCACAGCCACGGUAUUGUUGCCGAAGUCGACGAAGAGGGCGAGAAGAAGCAGGGCUACCGCCGUGCCGGUGUGCUCACGGGCAUUGCCAUCGCGAUCCACAACUUCCCCGAAGGUCUCGCGCUCUUUGUGACGUCGCUCCAGGGCCUCAAGGCCGGUAUCGUGCUCGCCGUCGGCAUCAUUUUGCACAACUUCCCCGAAGGUGUCGCGAUUGCCGCGCCCGUCUACUAUGCGACCAACAGCAAGAAGGAAGCGUUCUUCUGGACGGGCCUCAGUGGUAUUGCGCAGCCGUGCGGCGCGCUCAUCGGGUGGGCGACGGUCUCGGGCGGUGUCACGCCCCUCCUCUCGGGCAUUCUGUACUCGAUGGUGUCGGGCAUGCUUGUCUGCAUCACGGUCAAGGAACUCCUUCCCGGCGCCUUCAAGUUUGGCGGCGCCAACUUUACGUUCUCGUUCAUGGGCGGCGUCUUCAUCAUGGCCAUCUCGCUCAUCAUGCUCCAGUACGUCGGCACGAGCUAA